AAAGACUCAUCAUGAGGAUCCUCAUGGCUCUGCAGCUCAGCCUCUGUGCUCUGGCUUUCACUCUGACACUCACUGGUGGAGGACUGGGAGCAGUACUUCCUGAACCACCAGCAGUAGACUGUGUGUGGAGCCUCUGGUCCGAGUGGAGUCCUUGUGAUCCCUGCACAAAAAGCAGGAGGCGUUCUCGAAGUGUCGAAGUAUUUGGCCAGUUUGGUGGUGACCCCUGCCAGGGAUCAAUUGGUGACAGGCAGUUUUGUGUAACUUCUGAUGUAUGUCUGCUGCCAAUUUCCCUUCCUUGCUCAGACUCAGAGUUCCAAUGUGGUACAGAACUGAAAACAUGCAUUAAAAGGAGACUGGAAUGCAACGGGGACUAUGACUGUGAGGAUGGAUCGGAUGAAGACUGUGACCCUGUGCGUAAACCCUGCGGUGCAACAGAACUUGAAAACAAUGAGCAAGGCAGGACAGCAGGAUAUGGGGUGAACAUCUUGGGUGCAGAUCCUCGAAUGAACCCCUUCAACAAUGAUUACUUCAAUGGGAGAUGUGACAAAGUGAGGAAUCCAUACAGUGGGAAGUAUGACAGGCUUCCCUGGAAUGUUGGUGUGCUCAACUACGAGACUCUGGUGGAGGAAACUGUCUCCAAAGAAAUCUACGAGGACACGCACACCCUCCUGAGAGAGAUGCUCAAAGAAGAGACUUUUAAACUCGAUGCUGGGUUUUCCUUCAAAUUCAGUCCAUCUGAGCAGUCCAUGUCUAAUACGUCUGUGAAUGCUGAAGCAGGGCUUGAAUAUACAAAGAAACAAAUGGUUAAGGAUGUUACUGAAUACUCGACCAUUAAGAACAAGAGCUUCAUGAGGGUAAAGGGCAGAGUCCAGUUGAGCACCUACAGGAUGCGCUCCCGUGAGCUGAACAUUGCUGAAGGGUUCCUGCUACACGUCAGAUCUUUGCCCCUUCAGUAUGAGAAGGGCAUUUACUUUGCCUUCCUAGAGGACUACGGAACCCACUACACAAAAAACGGGAAGUCCGGGGGCGAAUAUGAGUUGAUCUAUGUUCUGAACCAAGACACCAUCAAAGCAAAAAAUAUAACAGAGAGAAACCUCCAAAACUGUGUCAAAACUGGGAUCUCACUAAAUAUCGGUGUCGUUGGUCAAGGAGAUGCAUCAGCCCAUGUGAAACCUGAACACUGUGACACGAUUGCACCAAAGGAAACAGCCAGUGUUGAGGGAAAGGCAGUGGUGGAUAAAGUCAUGACCUCGGUGAAAGGAGGAACUCUUGACAGUGCUGUUGCCAUGAGAGUGAAGCUGAACACUGAAGGGAUCAUGGACGUUGCUACGUUUCAACAAUGGGCCCGGACCAUCGCAGAUUCUCCUGCACUCCUUAACAGCGAGCCAGAGCCCAUCCACAUGUUGAUUCCUCUGGAUUCACCAGACUCAAACACCAGGAUAUCAAACAUCAAGAGAGCCAUAGAAGACUAUGGGGCUGAGUAUAAUGUGUGUAAGUGUAAGCCCUGCCAGAAUGGAGGCACCCUGGCUCUUCUGGAUGGGAAGUGUAUCUGUAUGUGCUCUCACCAGUUUGAAGGCCUGGCCUGCCAGAACUUCAAGGGGGAUAAAGCUAAACACACAGGUCAGAGACCUACAGUUCUUCAGGAGGGUAACUGGUCCUGCUGGUCAUCCUGGUCCACUUGUAGUGGAGGGAAACACAGGAGGUCCCGCAGCUGCAACACGAAAGGACUCUCUGAAGCUUCAUGCAGAGGAGACAACACCAGUGAAAAACACUGCUGAUAGAGAAGACAUCCAUCUAUAAACCAUGAUCAGUGUUUGUCAAACUCUGGCAAAUAUACGCAGAAAAAUAAUCUGU